AUGGGAAGUGAGGUAUCCACAUACGGGGAUGUCUACAGCUUUGGCGUUCUCUUGUUAGAAAUGUUUACAGGAAAGAGACCCACUGAUCACAUGUUGAGUGACGGCUUGAAUCUUCAUAAUUAUGUGAAGGCAUCACUUCCUAAAUGUGUUUCAGAGAUUUCAAAAUCACUACUUCAGGAAGGCGGCACCAAUGUCACUAAAACUCACAUGCAUAGCCUAUUGAGUAUGAGAGCAGCUAAAACUGAAGAGUGCUUGACUGUGAUACUUGGACAAGUGCCAAACUUACGAAAUCUUUACAACCUUGAGUUUUUCACUGUGAGUGCUAAUAAUCUUGGAAGUGGUAGACAUGGUGACUUGAGUUUUGUCUCAGAGUUGAUCAAUGCCACACAGCUGACUCUGUUGGAGUUCAGCUACAACAAAUUUGGAGGAGCAUUUCCCACAUCAAUAUUCAAUCUCUCAACCAAUCUACUGAGUCUUGCAAUUGGAGGAAACUAUCUGCACGGAAGCAUCCCAACUGGUUUAGGAAAUCUUGUGAACCUGCAAACACUGGGUAUGGAAAACAGCAACUUCAGAGGUAGCAUCCCCACAGAUAAUGGGAAAGUUUCAGGGCUUGGUGAUAUUGAACUUCAUACCAACAAGUUUUCCGGGAGCAUUCCAUCUUCUUUUGGAAAUUUAACAUUGUUAACCACUCUUUACAUGUAUGGAAAUAAUCUCAUUGGCAGCAUCCCUUCAAGCCUAGGAGAAUGUCACAUGUUGCAACAGUUGGAUCUUUCUCAAAAUAGUUUAGAUGGCAGAAUACCUCAACCAUUACUUACUGGUCUCAUCUCUUUAUCAGUUUCUUUGAACUUGUCAACAAACCGCUUAAAUGGUUCCCUUCCAGUUGAGAUUGGAAAGUUGAAGGGUCUAGGUCAGCUGGACAUCUCUAACAACAUGUUAUCGGGAGAACUUCCUAGUAGCAUCGGUACUAGCCAGAGUUUAGAACUCCUACACUUGCAAGGAAACUACUUCAACGGGCACAUCCCUUCAUCCAUGCAAGAAUUGAAAGGGAUUCAAGAUAUAGAUCUUUAUCGCAACAAUUUCACUGGAGAUAUUCCACAAUUUCUUGAAAAUCUAAACUUGCAGCACCUGAACCUAUCAUUCAACCAACUUUGGGGAGCAUUACCAACUGGCGGUGUUUUUGAGAAUGCAAGUGCGACUUCAUUCAAUGAGUCUAAAGGAGAAGGGUUGUCUCGUAGAAUGGAACUAAUGAUCUCAUUAGUCUCCGGGUUCACUCUUUUGGGACUGGCUGUGGUGCUGUCUGUUUUUCUUCUUGGUAAGAAAAGGAAAGAAACUAAAUUAAGCGCUUUGGGGAACUCUGUUUUUCAAGUUUCAUAUGCUACGCUGCUGAAAGCUACGGAUGGUUUUUCUUCAGCUAAUUUGAUCGAUGUGGAUGCAUUUGGGUCUGUGUACAAAGGAAUUCUUUCUGAUGAUAAAGUUGUUGUCGCCGUGAAGGUGCUUAACAUGUUACACCGGGCAGCCUCUAAAAGUUUCAUGGCUGAAUGUGAGGCUUUGAGAAAUAUCAGGCAUCGAAAUCUUGUCAAGAUCUUAACUGCAUGUUCAAGUAUUGACUUCAACGGUAAUGAUUUCAAGGCUCUUGUUUACGAGUUCAUGGACAAUGGGAGCUUGGAGGAGUGGUUGCAUCCAUCUAACGGAACUGAAGAGGUAACAGAAGCACACAAAGUUUUGAGUCUUAAAAAGAGGCUGGACAUUGCCAUUGAUGUUGCUAGUGCAUUGGAGUAUCUUCACAACCAUUGCGAAACACCGAUCGUUCAUUGUGAUCUGAAGCCUAGUAAUGUUCUUUUGGAUAAUGAUCUUACUGGGCAUGUUUCGGACUUUGGGCUGGCAAGGUUUCUCGGAGAAACAACCGGGAGUGUUUCUGGAAAUCAAUCAAGCUCCAUCGGAAUUAGAGGAUCGGUUGGUUAUGCUGCACCAGAGUAUGGUAUGGGAAGUGAGGUCUCCAUAUAUGGGGAUGUCUACAGUUUUGGCAUUCUCUUGUUAGAAAUGUUUACGGAGAAGGAACCGACUGAUCACAUGUUCAGUGACGGCUUGAAUCUUCAUAAUUAUGUGAAGACUGCUCUCCCUGAACUUGUUCUAGAGAUUUCAGAAUCACUUAUACUUCAAGAAGGCGCCACCGAUGUCACCCAAGCUUACAGGCACAACCGAUUGAGUGUGACAGCGCAAAAAAUGGAAGAAUGCUUGACAUUGAUACUUGGUAUAGGGAUUGCUGAUGGGUCAGUCCCUCCUUAA